GGGCGGGACCCAAUACCCAGGUGGGAGCGGUCUUCAGGCGAGGAAGAUGGCGUCUGCCAUGCUGGUGCUAGUGGUUCCCCCGUGGCCGGCAGCCCGGGGACUCCUCCGAAACUGUUGGGAACGACUGCAGGUGAAACUUUGGCAGAGCUGGCGAGGCUUUCCAAGUCCUCCGUGGGGACCAGCAUUAGCAGUCCAAGGUCCAGCUGUAUUUACAGAACCAAUAGAUGAUACCAAUGGAAGUAAGGAGCUCUCCAGCCUUUUGGAUAGUGUCUUUUGGAUGGCAGCUCCUAAAAACAGACGCAGCAUUGAAGUUAACCGCUGUAGGCGAAGAAACCCUCAGAAGCUUAUUAAAGUUAAGAACAAUAUUGACAUGUGUCCUGAAUGUGGUCACCUGAAACUGAAGCACGUCCUUUGUGGCUAUUGCUAUGAGAAGGUGUGCAAGGAGACAGCAGAAAUCAGAAGACAGAUAGGGAAGCAAGAAGGGGGACCUUUCAAGGCUCCUUCUGUGGAGACUGUGGUGCUGUACACAGGAGAGGCGCCGUCCGAGCAAGAUCAGGGUAAGAGAAUCAUUGAGCGAGACAGGAAGCGACCGUCCUGGUUCACCCAGCAUUAAGACAGAGCUGUUCGAAGAGGAUAACCUCGUAUAAAACACUUGUCCUGGAAGAGAGGAAGAUGCUUUGUUGCUUGGUUUUCAUGUUGGUUUUAUGCUUGUUUUAAAAUCACCAAUAUAGUUUAAAACUAUAUGUAUAUAAUAUAUAAUUUGAAGAAGAUACCAGCAGUAAACUCUGAAAAUGCUUGUUUAUACAGAGGCACGAUGGAUUAGUAUGUCUGUUUCUAUUAUACUGUAAGGUUUUGAGUAAACCUGAAAUUUCCAGUACAGAAAAAUGAUGUAAAAUUCUUAGCAAGAAGUGUUUCGGGGCACCCGGGGAGCUCAGUUGGUUAAGCGUCUCCUGGAGACUGUGCUGACAUCAAGGAGCCUGCCUGGGGUUCUGUCCCCCUUGCUCUGGGCCCCUCCCCUGCUCAGUCUCAGUCUCUCAAAAUAAAUA